ACUUUAGUGCCUCUCGUGCUUCUGCUCAUGCGCAGAUGGAUAGUGCUUUACGUUCGAGGUGGUACAUUUAUCGAAAAGUGAGUUCGAUAUAUGCCAGAUUUCGAUGUGAAUUACAGACGUGGAUUUGGCGGCAAUGUGAUGUUUAAUAUCUUCCGAUUUAAUCCGUGACCGAGAACGAAACACAAAUGCAAGAUACAGUGUUUAUAAAGAUUGCGUGAGUGCUUGAUAUUGAAGUUAACGAUGUCAUCGUCCUGUAAUUUUCCGGCCCGCGUGAGGGAUAGCCUUGACAAAGCUGGUUUAAGUUUUGUUCAGGCCAUGUUGAUGUCUGCAGCAGAUUUGCGGAAAAAAGCUAAUCUCACAAAAGAGGAUGUGGAAGCAGUGAAAAUGCAUUGUGCCGAAGAACUUGUUGCUACAAAAUUUUUACGAGAACUGAAGUAUCACUUCCUGACCACUGGUUGCAAAGUCUUAGAUGAAGAACUUGGAGGUGGGUUUGCUCGAAGAGGAAUCACUGAAGUGUCAGGGGAAAGUGGAGCAGGCAAAACACAGUUAUGUCUUCAGGCAGCUCUUAGUGUUCAGCUUUCACAAUCAUCAGGAGGUGCAGGGGCAGGUGCUGUGUACAUCUGCACAGAAGACACAUUUCCCUCUGCUCGACUGCAGCAACUACUUCACUUGUGGCCAAGUAUACAUGCUAAGACAAUAGCUGUGAAGUUUAGUGAUAACAUCUUCAUUGAGCACAUUCCUGAUGCAGAGAGCUUGAAAAAUUGUAUAUCAGUGCGACUGCCCAACUUACUGCGUCAAAGAAAAAUUGGUCUAGUAGUUGUGGAUUCGAUUGCUGGUCCAUUUCGUGCAGAUUACGACCUGAGGCAGGGUGCUGUCACAAGAGCACAAGUACUUAAGAGCAUUGGCCAGGAGCUACAUAUGCUAGCAAAUAUUCACAACUUGACUGUAAUUUGUGUCAACCAGGUAACUGCAGUGGCUGGAGAGAACAAAUCUCUCUCCGUUCCAGCAUUAGGAUUAGCUUGGGCCAAUCUAGUGACAACACGACUUCAGUUACAUCGUUCAGAUCGGAUGCUGGCUAACCACGAUGGUAGUAAAGCACAUAUUGCUGAAAGACUACUUGAAGUAGUUUUUAGUCCAUAUCUUGCCACAAAGCGUGUUCCUUUUGUGGUAACAGAGACUGGAGUGCAGGGACUGAGCAAACAAACUAUUUGAAACCAUUUAUUGUGAAACACAAUUGUAAACACACUACAAACUAUUUCUUCCAUUGACAUAUUGGUCAAAUUUAUUCAUAUACCAGUACAUUAGAAAAAUGUAUCUUUACAACAGUGAUAUUUUUCCCACAUACAUUUUCACUUGGUGCAACAUAUGGUAUCCUUUGAUUUGCUUCAGUUAAAUCAAGUAAAUUUAAUUAUAAAUACUGCCUGAUCAUGUAAUCGAAGGACACAGCAGCAGGCAGGCACGGGGCUCUGAGGAUGCAUUUGUGUCCCUCACUCUUUUGACUGAGGCUGGGCAAAAGGCUAUCGGAAGGCCUUUGGCAGCAGUUAUUGUCUCAAACAAAAAGCAGCAAGCAUGCAGACUGCAAUGAAAUAAAUCUCCCUUGCAUAGAAUUCCCUCAGUCUUCUGACUCUGUCGAGAAAAUACAUACUUGUAUGGUAAAACAAAGCUUCCUUUAGCUACCAUUCAGUAACAAAAAAAAAAAAAACACAAAGAGAAGAAACACAGUUGUCACACAAUCAACUGUGCUACUCAAUGAGCAAGUAUGAUUGGAAGGUGGAAUUCUGAAAUGCUGCCCAGUCAUCUCCUACGGCCUACAUUGUCAUUCAUACCCCAGGUGAGAUCAUCAAGGAAAGGAGACACACCUAGAGCCAGGGGCAACAUGCUGGUUGCUGCUGCUGUAGCACAUCCCAAGGUUAUGCUGACAUUCAACAUGACAGCAUAUACCGUGCCAGUCACUGCAGGCUGUGUGCUGGUGAGUGUGUGCCUGUUGGCACUCACACCAGCUGCUCGUUAUUCGAAAGUCAGAGCUGCAGCAGCGUAGCUGACAGAGGAGUCCACCAUGCGACGAGCUUGGCUAGAUUGUGCGUAUUUUAAGAAUUUUAGUGUCAUCUUGUGACCAUUGGAUCCUGAUUUUUGUAAGUGAUGCACAGCCUGUAAAAAAGGAAAUCCUAUAGUAAUUGGAGUUUCAUUGAAAUAUGUGCACUUACAAUUGUACUAGAUUCAACAUUAUGAACUUCUUGAAUCUUC